AUGGCCAAUAUGCAGAACAAUGAGCUUGAUAUCUUGUCAUUUGGCAACGGUAGUGACCUAUCAACGCUGGUUUCGUCCGAAUAUGCAUCCCAUCGGACUGAAAAGAGCAAGCUGUCCCACGAAUUAAAUCCCGAUAAUUUGGACAAGCUAGAUACGACAAGAUCAUGCGUAUCUGAUAAUAUCCCAGAAGAUCGAAGGCAGAUCGGAGUAUUCACGGCUACCUUCUUGGUUUUCAACAGGAUAAUAGGCACCGGAAUAUUCGCGACACCAAGCACCAUUCUAGCGUUGACGGGAAGCGUCGGAAUGUCGUUGACCGUUUGGUUCGUAGGGAUGAUCAUCGCGAUGGCGGGUACGGCUGUAUAUCUGGAGUUUGGGACCGCUAUUCCGGUGAAUGGUGGUGAAAAGAACUAUCUAGAAUAUGUGUAUACUAGACCAAAAUUCCUAGUGACAGCCAUAUACGCUUCGUACGCCUUGCUCCUAGGUUGGGCUGCAGGAAAUAGCGUUAUAUUUGGCGAAUAUCUACUCCACGCUUUUGGGGUAGGUGUCAAUCGAUGGAAUCAGCGCGGCAUUGGGUUGGUUUGCAUCACUGCCGCGUUUUUGAUCCAUGCUACGGCGGUGAAAUGGGGGCUCCGGAUUCAAAACGCGUUGGGUGUUUUGAAGCUAGUUGUUAUCCUUAUUAUCGCGAUUGGAGGUUUGUUGGCGUGUGCUGGAUUCGUGAAUAUCGAGCCUCGCAACUUCGAACAUCCCUGGGGCGAUAGGCCACCCACGCCAUAUGGCCUCGUUAUGGCCCUGUAUAACGUGAUCUGGUCGUAUGUUGGCUAUUCGAAUGCAAACUAUUGCUUAAGUGAGACUCACAAUCCGAUCCGAACCCUGAAAAUAGCAGCACCUGUAGGUGUGACCAUGGUUGGGGUUUUGUAUUUCCUUGUGAAUAUCGCAUAUUUCGCUGCCGUUCCAAGGGAGGAGAUGCUCGAGUCUGGGAGAACGCUCGCUGCGUCCUUUUUUCGAAACGUCUUCGGUGUUAAAGCAGAACGAGCCCUAUCUACUUUCGUCGCCUUCUGUGCCUUUGGAAAUGUAUUGGCCGUUUUGUUCUCCCAAGGUCGAAUUGUUCAAGCGCUCGGACGAGAAGGGGUUUUACCAUUCUCGUGGUUCUGGGCGAGCAACAGGCCAUUCAACUCCCCUGCAGCUGGGCUGUUCGAGCACUAUCUCAUCUCUGUGGUAGUUAUGUUGGCACCGCCUCCAGGGGAUGCUUACAACUUUCUAUUGAAUCUCAUUGGAUACCCUCUUUCUAUUGUAAACGCACUGGUUUCUGCGGGACUCAUUCAUAUCUACCUUCGCCCUGCCCGUUAUCCGACAUGGUCUCCUGCUAUUCGCGCUACCUUGCCUGUCGUCGCUUUCUUCUUCAUUUCCAACGUAUACCUGGCCGUGGCACCGUUUGUUCCCCCGCCAAAGGUGGACAAUGUUUAUGAGCAUCUGCCGUAUUAUAUUCACUGUCUCGCAGGCUUGGCGAUAUUUGCGCUUGGUGCUUUAUAUUGGAUCAUGUGGGCCAAAGUUCUUCCAUGGAUGGGAGAGUAUCGACUUGACGAAAGAUUGACUGUUGGGCGUGACAGUUGGACGCGAAAAAUAGUUCAACGAGUCUCAACGGCUCCGGAGUUGGGAGAUCAAGGGAAUAAUGAUGAAAAUAUGUGGCAUGGGUGA